AUGCAUCUAUUUACUGAUGUCCUCCCUCCUGAAGUUCUCACACGGGUCAGUGAGUAUGUGCCAGAGAUUGUGGCAUUUGUCAAAGGAAUUGUGGACAACGGUUAUGGAUACGAAUCAAAUGGAUCGGUAUAUUUUGACACAGCAAAGUUUGAUUCCUGCCCUGCUCACUCUUAUGCCAAACUAGUACCAGAAGCCGUUGGUGAUCAGAAGGCUCUUCAAGAAGGAGAAGGAGAAUUGAGUGUCUCAGCAGACAGACUCAGUGAAAAGAGAUCACAGAAUGACUUUGCACUGUGGAAGGCCUCCAAGCCUGGAGAACCAUCUUGGGACUCCCCUUGGGGAAAGGGGAGACCUGGGUGGCAUAUUGAGUGUUCCGCCAUGGCUGGAUCCAUUUUGGGAGAGUCAAUGGAUAUCCAUGGUGGAGGUUUUGACUUGCGUUUUCCUCAUCAUGACAAUGAGUUGGCGCAGUCUGAGGCUUAUUUUGAGAAUGAUCACUGGGUACGAUAUUUCUUGCACGCCGGUCACCUGACCAUUGCCGGAUGCAAAAUGUCCAAAUCUCUGAAGAACUUCAUUACUAUCAAAUAUGCCCUGGCCAAACAUACAG